AUGGCCAACACCCUCAGCGAGGUUCAUCCUUUUAUCGGUUCUAUUGACGAUCUGCAGAGACUUGCAUUGGAAGGCAAAUUCAGCGAUAAGGUUCCAAACAUUGGUGCAGUGGACUUUGUAUCUGCUGGAAGCCCAUGCCCCGGAUUUUCUCGCUUGACUAACGACAAAAACAAGCCAAAGCUGCGCAAAGACCAGUCACUCGUUGCUGCCUUCGCCUCUUUCGUUGAUACCUACCGGCCUAAGUAUGGCCUCUUGGAGAACGUCUUGGAGAUCGUACAGCCAUGCGGAAAAAAGGAUGAAGAUGUUUUCUGCCAACUGAUCUGUGCCUUGGUUGGGCUUGGAUAUCAAACACACUUCUUUCUACUAGAUGCAUGGCCUUAUGGCUCACCGCAGAGCCGAAGCCGUGUGUUCCUCUGUUUUGCAGCCCCAGGCCACAGACUCCCAGAGCUACCUCUUCAUUCGCAUUCACACUAUCAGCCAGUCCCUCGUUGGAAGACCCUUGGCAAGUUGCCCAAUAAUGAGCCGAUGGGUGAGCAGCUGGUGAUGCCUACGCCCUUCAACUUUAUUGGAUCCGAAGAGGCAACUGCAGACCUACCGAAUAUCGUCGACGGUAAAGUUGAUAUCUGCAUCCCCUUCCCAGACCACCGUCUUGCACAUGGGUACACGAAAUACCUUCGGAACCAACUGAGCGUCAUUCCUACUCACCCUUAUGGCAUGAGCUUCAUGACUACCUGGGACAAUGGCCAUGGUAUUAUGACGAAAGCGGAGAGAGACUUCUUCCCCGCGAAGGGCGACAGGGUCACACAAGCAUCCUCGCCUGCGUGGGGCAGGUGCUUCCCUCAGAAGGUUAUGCAAACGGUGACAGCAGCCCCUUCUCCAGCAGACGCGCGACUCGGCAGGAUCCUGCACUGGAACCAGAAUCGAAUUUUGACGGUUAUGGAAGCUCGGCGCGCCCAAGGAUUCUUGGACCAUGAAGUUAUUCUGGGACAGCCCAAAGACCAGUGGAGAGUGGUUGGAAACAGUGUCGCGAGAGAGGUGUCUCUAGCUCUGGGGCUGUCUUUUCGAGAAGCCUGGCUCGGCUCUCUGGUCGAUGGGGAUGAGGCUGACUCUACGCUGGAUCAACAACCGAUACUCAACGACAUGGAUAUCGCACAACUGAGCACACCGCCUGGGCUAAGUUCUAGGAGCACCAGGGGUGCUGGUGCCGAUACUCUGGGCUCUUCGCGUCCACUGAAGCGGCCUCUCGAGAGCACCUUAGAAGCGCAGUUGUUUGUGUCCAAGAUGGCUAAGACCAGUGCAGACGGCGAGUGA